GCCCCGUGGAGCGGCUGGUAGUCGGUCUCACGUUGCAGCAAAAACCCCGCCGGGAGGCCCGCAGCUGAAGCACUCUCCUGCCACACACCGCGGACGCAUCAAGGACGCCCCGAGAGCCGGCCAGCCGUCUAUCACUCUCUCGCUCACUUCCCCCCCACCCACACGACUCGGUCAGCAGGGCUGCCCCAUGAAGGCCUGCGGCCGCUGUGUGGGCGCGGUGGCCCUGUCGGUGGUCCUGGUGGUGGCUCUGGCGCUGGGGGCGGCGGAGGCGGCGCGCGGGGGCGGCGGCGGCCGGGGGCGAGCCGGCGGGCGCGGCGGCAGGCGCACCUACGGAUCGCGCAUCCUGGCCGGCAUCGUGCAGACUCACAGCCCCUACUACGACCACAAAGACGGAGCACGCAUCGUGAAGGCGUCGCACUUUGAGCUGGACUACAUGCUCGGCCGCAAGAUCUCCUUCUUCUGCAUGGCCCAGGGCUACCCCCGGCCACACAUCACCUGGUUCAAGGACGGCAUCGAGCUCUUCGGCCACAAGUACUUCCAGGUGCACGAGUGGCCCACAGGGAACGACACGAUGAAGUCCAAGAUGGAGAUCGACCCCGCGACACAGAAGGACGCCGGCUACUACGAGUGUCAGGCGGACAACCAGUACUCCGUGGACAGGAGGGGCUUCCGCACCGACUACGUCAUCUACACCUACUAGUCUGCGAGGUUGGCAGCACUGGGCGCCACCCCCUGGGGGGCGUGGCCGCCGCCGUGACGUCGCGCUGUGGCGGGACCAGAGACCUGUACUGCGCAGACACGCCCCCUCGCCUGUCAGACAACCCGCUGCUGUGUACAGACGUCACUCGCGCACUAAACUACGACUCCCACUGUUUCACAGAAGUCUAAAGUCGUGUUUGCCGCACACUGGACGACCAACCUCAAACUGGAGACUCUGUCAGAAAACGAGAGACACACACACGCAGGAAAUGAACAGUUAUUAACUUUGAAGAGGGGCAGUUAAUUACUGGUGAAGUAAAUGUAUAUUUUUCUUAUAAGUGUACAGUUGUAAUUUAUGUGUAAAUAUGACAAAUAAAAACACUCACUUAAGAGGAA